AUGAACUCCCCCACCUUCUCCAUCGCACACGGCACCACGAAGCACGCCUACCCCUUCACCUCCCUCCCUCCCAUUACCUCCCGCAUCCCACCCCACAUCGUCAUCAUCGACACGGGGAGGAAGCUUUCGCAACUGUAUGACUCGGACAUCGCGUUCGAGAGAGACUUUGCGUGGAUAAGCGACAGUGCAACCCAGGAUAUGAUGACGGCCAUGCAGAGGAUUUAUUUGGCGUGGAUGGGUGCGAAGCCAGAGCAGAGGUGGCUUGAGGGAGGAGAGGGGGAGGACGAAGACGACGACGACGAGUAUAGCGACUAA